AUGAGGCUUGACCAAGCCCUAGUCCGGGACAAGCGUUGGUCCAACUUUGAGCUGCUCUGCAUAUCAAAGCCCAGGUCGAAACUCCCACUUGGGUUUGGUGGAAAAGCCCUAGUUUGGCUCGUUGAUGCUCUGAAGGAUCGCCAAGAAGGUUGCCCUGAUUUCAUACUUAUAGAUUGCCCUGCUGGAAUUGACGCCGGAUUCAUCACAGCAAUUACUCCUGCGAAUGAGGCAUUAUUGGUGACUACACCUGACAUUACAAGCUUGCGUGAUGCUGAUAGGGUUACGGGUUUGCUGGAAUGUGAUGGGAUUAAGGAUAUAAAGAUGAUUGUGAACAGGGUAAGGACUGAUAUGAUAAAAGGGGAAGAUAUGAUGUCUGUGCUUGAUGUUCAGGAAAUGCUGGGUCUGGCUUUAUUGGGUGUAAUUCCUGAGGAUUCUGAGGUGAUUCGGAGUACGAACAGGGGAUACCCACUUGUACUAAAUAAGCCACCCACUUUGGCUGGUUUGGCAUUUGAGCAAGCUGCUUGGAGGCUAGUUGAGCAGGAUAGUAUGCAAGCAGUGAUGGUGGAAGAAGAGCCCAAAAAGAAGGGGAUUGAGGGGAGAUUGGAAGCCAUGUACAGUGGGAAGAAUUGCCAAACUAAUUUCUCCUUCUAUGUGUACUUGAAUGAAGGAAAGCAUAAGUACGGUAGUUUGAUAUGUGUAUCUGCCUCUAGUUUGCAACCCAGGAAGUUCACUACUUCUGGUAGCAUUCGAGCACUUCUCAAGCUUCUUGUAAUGCAGAUUGUGCCUACCAAGUGUUGCGGCCAACCAGUGUAA